AUGAUAUCGUCUUUCAACACUCGUUUUUUGGAAGAUUGGAGCUUCACGCAAGUGGGCGGAGGAGAGGGCACGGGAGAUGGGGAAUGGCUGCCGGUUCAUCAAUUUCCCACUACAGUUCAUGUCGAGCUACUGCAUUUGAAGAGGAUUCCUGAUCCCUUCGUUGGAUUGCAUGAAUGGGAUGUUCAAUGGAUUGGCGAGAGUCAAUGGACCUUCAAGACCUCGUUCAAGUUGUCGGAUGGGGAACUCGCAGCACCCCACAUUGAUUUAGUGUUUGAAGGCCUGGAUACAUUCGCUUCAAUUAUUCUGAAUGGAACUACGAUUCUUGAGACGGCGAACCAGUUCGUCGAGUAUCGCGUGGAUGUUAAGUCAUCUGCGAAAUCCGAAAACGAGCUCGUUGUCAAUUUCGACAGCGCGUUCAUGAGAGGACGCGACUUAGAAAAGGAACACGGCAAAUUGGCACUUUGGAACGGCGAUUCCAGCCGACUUCACGUUCGAAAGGCACAAUACAACUAUGGAUGGGAUUGGGGCAUGUCCCUUUUAUGA